AUGUCGAACCAAGGAUCGACUUUGCAGAAUUACAACAGCGAGCUUGUUAAGUGCAUUGAGGAUUUGAGGGAAAAGCGUGAGGAACUAAACCGGCAGAUACUCAAGGAGGAAGAGGACAAGGGUAAGAUCCAGAAGGAGCUGGCGGUGCUCACGGAUCGUCUCCAAAGAAUAAACGAAUCCCUCGUUCGUAAGACCCAAGCCCGGAACGAAUACGACAAGACCAUUCAAGAGACGGAGGCCGCCUAUAUGAAGAUCCUUGAGUCCAGUCAGACGCUACUCCACGUGCUAAAGAGGGAGAGUGUGAACCUAACGAAGAAGAAACAAGUGUCGGAUUGA